AAGGGAAAGAGAGAGGGAAAGGGAAAGAGAGAGGCUGGAGAAUGAGAGAUUAGAAAGAGAGAGGGAGCGGGAGAGAGAGAGAGAAAUGCAGGGUGCAGGUCUAGAUGUUUGUGGGAAUAUUGUGGGUCUAGGAGCAAAUGAGAAGAACGGUGUUUGCAUGAAUCAACACCAGCACAGAGAGAUGGCCGUCAGAAAUGACAGUGAGAACAAUCCGUCCAACAAGAACCCUCCCAACCAUAACCCACCCAAGAUCCUGCCAGUGUCAGGGAAACUGGAGCAGGUAAGUCAGAACAACUCAGGACUGGUUCGCCCCUCUGCCUUCAAGCCAGUAGUUCCCAAGAGCUUCCACUCCAUGCAGAACCUGGUGGGCCAGGCAGGAGGUGCUGGGAGCGAUGGGAAACCUGAGGCAAGGGGUGAAGGAUUGAGUGAGGGAAGAAGUGUCAGGAGAGGUAGAGAUGGUGGUGGAGGAGAAUCAGGAGAGGUCCCAGAGGCCCUGCUCCUUGACCAGGACAGUCCGGUGAGGCCCAGCAGAACCGACGGAGGGGGAAAUGGUAAUGAAGUGGUCCAGGGAGGGAUGUCUGACUCAGGGAGGAACUCCCUGACCAGCCUGCCCACAUAUACAGGCUCUGGGUCUGGUUAUGGCCCUCCGGCAGCCCUUGGGCCGCUCAGUGCUUCCACCAGCCACAUUAACAGGUUGGGCAUGGCUGGAGCAGCGGCAGGCCUGGAUAAGCUGGAAAAACCCGGCUACCAGAAUGGGCUAAGUGCCUCAGACAGUGGCCGCUCCUCCUCGGGAAAGAGCUCCUCAUCUUAUCAGAGGCUGAGCCAUCUGAGUGAUGCCCCAGCACCGCUGCGCCCCUCCCCCUCCUCUGAUGACAUCAUCCAAGACCUGGAGGACCGUCUGUGGGAAAAAGAACAAGAGGUGCAGCACAUGCGCCGUAACCUGGACCAAAGUGAGGCAGCGAUCAUUCAGGUGUUUGAGGAGAAGCAACGUGUCUGGGAGCGCCAGAUGGAUGAGCUGAGGCAGAACUAUGCCUCACGCCUGCAACAGGUUACACGUCGUGCCCAGCGCUCCCAGACAGCCCUGCAGGCCCAGAUAACACGUCUGUCCCAGGACAAGAGGAGGCUCCAGGAAGAGAUGGCUGCUCUUCUGGCCCAGAGAGAGGAACUGGAGAGGAAGUGUCUGGAUUACAGGAAGGAGCAAGCUGACAUCUUGCCUCGCCUGGAAGAGACCAAGUGGGAGGUUUGUCAGAAGGCAGGAGAGAUCUCCCUACUUAAGCAGCAGCUGAGGGAGAGCCAGGCUGAAGUGACCCAGCGAGCUGGAGAGAUGGUGGCUCUGCGAGGCCAGCUGAAGGAGCUCAAUGCCCAGUUGAGGGAGCGGGAGGAGGCCAUGCUAGGCCUAAAGGACUCCUACAGCUCCAAGAGUCUGGAGCUUGAGAAGUGUGAGGGAGAACUGAGGAGGACCCUAUCAGAGGUGUCUAUCCUUAGAGAAAAACUGGGUGUAUUUGAGGCAGAGGUGCUUAGUUUGAAGCGGGCUCUGAGUGAGGUGGGCAGGGGAGCAGAAGUCGUAAUUAGCCCUAACCUAGCAGCAGCAGGGCUAUUGCCACCCUGGGGAGCUCUCCACUGUACACGUACCCCCUCCGAACCCUCAUCUACCUCCCUCAACACCACGUCUGAUACCCUGCUGAGUCUUCAGAGUGAUGAGGCCAAAGCCCAGAGGCAGGAAGCUCAGAGACAGGAAAGGCAGCAACGCGAAGAAGCUCAGUGGCGUGAGGUACAGCACCGGCAGGAUGUUCAUAUUCAGCAAGACAUGCAUCUGCGCCCAGAGGCCCAGAUUCGUCAAGAGGCCCAACUUCGCCAGGAAGCCCAGCUCCGUCAGGAGGCCCAACUCCGCCAAGAGGCCCAGCUCCGCCAGGAGGCCCAGCUGCGGCAGGAGGUCCAACUGCGUCAAGAAGCCCAACUUCGUCAUGAGGCCCAGCUUUGCCAGGAGGUGCAGCUGCGUCAGGAAGCUCACCAGGCACAGCGGGGUCAGGAAGGCCAUUGGGAUGAGGCAGGUGAUCUGCGCAGGCAGCUCGAGCAGCUGCAGGCAGCAUUGCGGCUGGAGAGACAACAACGGGAACGCCAGGCCCUCAACUUUGACCAGGAACGACACACCUGGCAGGAUGAGAAGGAACGGGUUUUGAAAUACCAGGCACAGUUGCAGCUCAGCUAUGUGGAAACCCUGCAGAAGAACCAGGCUUUGGAAAAACGUAUGGGUCAGUUGGGAGCAAAAGUUACUACAACCACCACCACCACCACCACCACCACUGCCACUCCUUCACCCUCUUCCUCCAAUUCUCCUCCUCCACCACCAGCCCUUUCACCUCUGUCUCCCCAGCCUCCAGCAUCUCUCCCUGCCCCCAUCGCCCUCACCCUCUCCCCACCCUGUGAGGACCAGAAGGGCCCACCUUCUCUCCACCAGCUUGCCCCUCCCUGGGCAGGACCCUCACGCCUGGAGAGGAUAGAAUCUACUGAGAUAUAAAGACAGCUCCAUUCAACAACUAAACACAAACUUUCCAAUCAAAUCCAAAACCUCUUACAAAAAAACUACUUCAGAAUACAAGAGAAAAAAAAAAAAGUGUACAACUGAGUACAUCAGUACAGUUUGACAUACAAACUAUUCUUUCACAUUAACACGUAGUGUUUAACACAACUGUUGACUGUAAACAGCUACAAAGGCCUACUGUAAAUUGCAACAUUAUCAAUAACAAGCAGAUCAGCUGAAUAGGGAGUAGAGCUACAGUUAACCAAUCAUUGGUUUUGAUCCUCCUAAGCAGCCUUUCUCUCACUAGUUGCACACUGCAUCCUACAUAAUCAGAUGGUGUUUGUGAAGUGUCCCACGCUGAUGGAUGGCAGAAAAAAACAAAUGUUAGAUGACAAUGUUUAGAUCACAGCACUAAUAUGGGGGUUGCUUAAAACCCAUGCUAGAAAAGGACCAAGAAAAUCAGGGAUAUUGUCAGAAAUUAUCAACAAGAAUAUUAUGCGGUAUUUAUUCACUGUCAGUGCGUGUCAGUGGUAAUGUAAAAGUAGAUUUUAGUGGUUAGAGUGUGUGAUGUUAACUUGCAUUUUUGGCCAGAGAGCGCCUUACUCCAUUCUUUCCAGCAUGUAUAACAGAAUGACCUACUGCUGAGAAGAGGUGAAAAAAUCAAGAGUUUGAUAUUCUUAUCAGUGCUUUAACUAUAUAUCAGCAAACCUCUUACACCACAUCACUACACAUGACUACGCUAUUUAAUUUAAAACCAAGACUACGGGCAAGAUUAUAUUGACAUUUGAGUUGAUUCGAUACAGGCAAAAGGUCUCAGACUUGAUUCAGGUUUCCGGUCAUUUCAUGCACAGGGUUCACCCUGCACGACCCAUCCAAAUACAUCGUUAAGACGAGCAGAGUUUAUAUUUUCUACAAAAUGAAUUAAAUUAAUACGUUUGGUAGAUAAUCAGCCCCAUCUCUGAAUACUAUAAUAAGUUCAGGGAUGUGGGAGAACCUGGUUCGCCUUCACUGCAGACGGCCUGCAGUGACUAAAGAUGAACACAAGAGAUCAUUAGAGAGCUUUUACAAUGCUCCCACCUCCAGUGAGAGUCAAUAGAAAAUGGUUUCUAUUCUUCUCGUUGAACUGGAAGAGUGCAAGAGUGCAAGAAAAACAUGAAUGGAAGCACACAAUCUGAAUUUGGUUAUGAUAAUAUAAUAAUUGUGUCAUUCACUUUGUGCAUUUACAGCCAAGAAAUCAGAGAAAGCAGUCAGUAUCCCCAAAGGUCAGAAAUUUUAUAGAAUGUAUGAUAUACUAGAAAGAGAUACUUAUAAUAGUUAUAGAUUGUAUGUGUGAGAGUUUGGGCGUGUGUGAGCGCGCGUGUGCAUGUGUGUAUCCAUACGAAAAGCUUCAGCUUAUGAGAUUGAGGAUAGAGGGACUAGUGGCAAUACAGCAAGUGAAGAUAUAUUAAGAGCAAAGGGAAUUUUUUGGCUUUAAGUACAGUACAGUGUACACUGAUGCUUGGCACAGGGGCAGUGAGACAGGCGGUUCAGACUAAUGAAAGUAAAAAGCCUGGGUAAAUCGGCAUAUCUUUUACGACAAAAAAAAAAAAAAAUCCUCUCCUCUGCGUAGUUCAUUUAGAUCAGACAGAGGAGAGGUAAGUCGGGAAAUCAGACAAGUGGAGGCUAACUGCACUAUGUACUGUACUACACAAGAGUUCCACUGUACAGUAGACUCAGAUGUGAAUAUCAUGGCUUUUAUAUGUGUUGUUUAUGCCAGCAUACAAAGAUGUUGCUCAAGAAUAUUAACUUAUUAUCUCUAAGGUAUUACAUAGUAUUAUCAUCUUUAUUACUGUUAUUAUAUUAUAGUGAACUGACAGAGUAAAUAUGUGCCAUUUGAGCUUUCCUUUAUCUGUUUCCGUUUCUUUUGUUUUUCUAAACUGUGUAGAUAGCCUAUCGGCCUACCAUAAUGGUGCAAUCAUAGCAACCCUGUCCAAAAAUGAUGUUCCUUUUCGAUGUAGGUGAUAAAUGUAGUUACAGUAUUGUAUUGUUUAGAGGACAAAAUGCUACCGAUUUUAUACAUGUUUCAGAUUUAUCGUUUGCAUUUAUGUUAUUAGUACUGUGCUGGCUUGAUUAAAACCAUCCCUUUGUUAAAUUCAGCAGACCUAAUAAAGAUAUGUGAAUAAUUCA